AACAAUGGUGAGAAGGCUACAAAACUUGAACGUUUCGUUAUUUUGGUGCCUCUGCCAGAAUGACGUUGUCAGUAGCGCAACCAUGUUGGUAUUUAUGCUAACGACUGCCCUCUCGACCAAUAGCUGCACGCCUGUGAUAAUCCUCAGCCAAUCGGGAGGCACCACUGUGACUCACCAAAUAAGGAGCGACAACACCAAAUAAGGAAACAGUAUCUCUUUAUAAGGAGGAAAGUAGUUCCUCUGCUGUCGUAUUAUUCCGCCUGCUUCAACGCUGACCUGAAAUGUUGAUUAUUCAUCCAUUCCAAAACACGAAACGGUGCGCGUCCUGCUAUUGAUGAACAACGUAGUAUUUCUAUGUCACUAGCUAGUCAGUGUCUGCAUUGGAUUCAGUUCACAACUGGGACUAUGUGCUAUGGCGGAGCAACAUGGCGGGCGUCUUCCGCCUUUUCCUUUUUGAGAAAGUGCUGAGAGUUUUGGACAUUAGAGGAGGGCGAAGCGAACUGUUGCGGCUUACGAGGAUCCAGUGGGCAGCAUCACUUAUCAAACUUUGUUUCCCUUCUUUCCCUGACUCUGCCGAAACGCUAACUGAGGCGCGUUGUUUACAUUCUGUGACCUGGCCGUGCAUGCGUUUUGUCAGUCAUUUACGAGCACCAGCUUUGUGGGCUGGCGUCAAACACAGUCGCGCUACUAAGUAGAAUGUUACCGAGUCAGGUUGGGUCGGCACCACAGGGAAACGCGUCAGCUUCAACAAGAGGUACCGUCGGGCUUGUUUCGGCUUCCGUCGCUGGCGGGAACCGUCCCGUCUUGAUCCGAGCAGGGCAAUCUUCGGUCGGCGAGAGCGUGAGCGGGGCCGGGCGGCACGGAACCAGAGAGGCGCUCGGGAUGCUGGGGGCGAACGGUCCGGGGGGUCCACGAGGUGUGAGAUCCGGGAACGGGACCGGGGUGAGCUCGCUUCAGACCGCCAUCCAGGGCGGCAUGGUUGGUCUCAACGCGGGGAUGGUGCUUCCUCACGGACCCAGGUUCGACCCGGACAGAGAGAGUGUGCCUCUCUGCAGCGGCUCGGACAACGACUCUGACUCGGGGGAUGACGACGACCCGGUGGGUUCUCUCGGGGACAAUAGGAGAGGGGUGAAGCGGGAGAGAACCGAGAUGGAAUCAGCUGUCACGGGCCAGGAGAUCGGAGGAGCUGCCGGAGGGUACGGCCUGGUUCCCGGUGGGGUCGCGGGAGCCAAGCCGGGGAAGAAGACACGUGGUCGCGUCAAGAUCAAGAUGGAAUUUAUUGACAACAAGUUGAGACGCUACACCACUUUCAGCAAGAGGAAGACUGGUAUUAUGAAGAAGGCCUACGAGCUGUCCACCCUGACAGGAACCCAAGUUCUGCUGCUUGUGGCUAGCGAAACGGGUCACGUCUACACGUUUGCCACCCGAAAACUUCAGCCCAUGAUCACCAGUGAAACUGGCAAAGCGCUGAUCCAAACGUGCCUCAACUCGCCAGACUCGCCGCCACGGUCCGACCCUUCCACAGACCAGCGCAUGAGCGCGACGGGCUUCGAGGAGACAGACCUCACCUACCAGGUGUCUGAGUCGGAGAGCAUGGGCGACACUAAGGAUACUUUGAAACCCACAUUCACAGUAGCCAGCUUACCGGGCGGCACCAGCAGCGCCACCGUGCCAACCACCUCCACCAGCAUGCAGGUGAGCAGCGGACCCAACUUUCCCAUCACCAACUACCUGGCACCCGUUUCGGCCAGCUCCAGCGUCAGCGCCAACGGAACUGUCCUGAAGACCACCGGCGCCUCCACUGGGGUGAUGCAACUCCCCGGCGGCUUCACUUUCAUGCCCGCAGGCACUCCUCUCCCCCCCGGCACCCCCACCAUUCCUCUGAGCCAGCUGCAGCAGCACUCGCUGACCCUCCAGGGGCAGCAUGGUCAGACUCUGACUGCCGCCCCUCAACCUCAGCAAGGCCAACAGGCUGUCUUCCGCUUCCCUGCUGCUGUCUCCCUCACAGGGCCAGGUGUCCCUCAGCAGCUGCAGGCCAUUCAGGUUCACCCCAACGCCCAGCCCAUCUCUAACAGUGACAGCAGCCCCGAGAUGUCCCAUACCUCUACAAACUCCACAGCUACAGUGAGUCUCCCGGCAACCAUCGUCACCUCAACGGUGCCGUCGUCCGUGGCUGGUCACAUGAUGUACCCUAGCCCCCACACGGUCAUGUACGCCUCCACACCCACGCUGACCGACGGGGGGCUCGCCGUACUCAACGCCUUCUCCCAGGGAACGUCAGCCAUGCAGGUGUCCCACGCGCAAGCCCACGACCCAACAUCCGUCCCGCAGGUGUUCCUCACAGCCCCUCCGGGCACGGUGCAGAUCCCAGUCUCGGCGGUGCAGCUACACCCAGUACGGCAAGAUCUGCAUUUCACAAAUGGUGAUUGGGCCCCAGUCGAGCGGAGGCAGCAGCACUAACCUGACUGAAUUGCAGGUGGUCAACUUGGACGCAGCGCAAAACUCCAAAAGUGACUAAUAGAGCCAAGUAUGAGCGUCUUUCUCUUUAUUUAUUGAUGCCUUCCAACAUCACACUUCGCAAUGUGACCUUACACACAAACACACAAUCAAGGGCCUGUGUGUGAGUUGACCCUUUUCCCAUAUGUUUUGGGAUAUAUAAAAAUUUGAAAUUAUCAUAUAUAUAUAUAUAUAUGUAUAUGUAUAUGUGUAUAUAUAUAUAUGCAAACGUAUAGGAAGUAUAUCACUACACCUGUCAUCAGAAUUCUAUUUUCGAUGUCGUUAGAUGGUAUUUUUGUGUGCGUGUGCCAUUUGUGUUUGGUUUGAAGAUACAAUUACAUGAACACUCAGUCAGUUGGGUGUCACAAAGUGUCACGCCCGCCAAAGACGUUUGUCCGAAUGUACAUACACACCCCACACACACACACGCACGUCAGUGUGUGUAAAUGGAGAACUAAGACUUUUGCUAACGUGUAUAUAGUUUUUAAAGAAAAAAAAAACUUGUAUUUUUAGCCCGAUUUAGUUUUGUGUAACAGCAUGUAUUUUUUUUUUUAAUGUUGUGGUUUUGUAUGUACAUGACAAUGACACAAAGAAGUGAAUCUGUACAUGUAUACUGUAUGGGAUAUAUUUGAAUAUGCUUUUCAUGCUGUUCUACUACAAGUAGUUUGACGACUGCUUCACAAAGGAUCAAGCAGCUUUAUCAUGUGGGUGGGAGGACAUCAUUGUGAUGUGGAAUGCAGACUGUUAGUGGACAUUUUUAGGAAUUAAAAGGCACAAUUGGACAAAUGUGGACAAUGCAUAUUUUAAACAUAUCGCACAUUUUUCAGUGGAACCUUCAAAAGUUGAACACAACCAUAUGGUUGUGAUUGGAUGGACGAAUGUUUAUGCAGUUUAGACUGUUUCCAACAUAAAAUCUUUAGGUGGACAGGCAAUGGCUUGUAUAAUAUUUUUACAUCCAUGAUUGUUAUACAUACACAUUAAUGCAUUAAAACUAAAAUCAACAGUAUGCACGGUCUCAACAUGCAAAGUUUCUGUGCUAUUUAUACAUGUUAGGAUCUGCUUGCAAAUUGGUACAUCUCAUGCAACUUAAAGCCAAUUGGCUAAUCAUGUUGCUCAUAUUGGAUUGAAAGUCAGAUUGUUUGCAUGUCAGUUGCCGUUAACGGUCUUCCGUUCGGCCAAACUCUUAAGUUACUCACUGAGCUGACGUCAAGCAUAAUUUCAGAAACGUCCAACUUAAAGUUUAACCCAAACUGUGGGAACUUUAACUUUGGAGGUUCCACUGUUAAUUAGGGGUUGCUACUUAAUAUUGAUCGUUAUUUAAUUCAGAUGGAUUAUAUUGCUGAAGUUGUGAUGUCACAACACACGCUGCUGCAAAGUGUGCUGCCUUAUUUGCUGGACGUUCAAAGAUGCGACAGCAACCCAGCUUCAAUAUUGCAAUUAAAUAUUUGUUUCAUUCUUAGUUAAA